AUGAAGGCUUCACCAGAAAACGCGAAUUCACACAUUGAUAACUGGCUACUGAGUCACUACUCCAUCCAACAUUUACACUUUCGGACCAGGAAGAGAAGCCCACAGGCAGGCAGCGGCCACUCGGCCCCAGAGAGACCUCUGGAGUUGGGGCUUGCAGAGGCACCACGGCUUUGUGCCACCACCUCUGUCUCCCGAGUUAGAUGGGACCUUCUGACUCGGGAGACAGAGGUGGCGGCUAGGAGCCAGCAGAAAGGGACCCCGGCGGCUCCCUCACCCAGUGUGCCCGGCAGCGCCUUGGAAGUGUUCUCUGACUCGUGUUUUUGCCUCGGAGGGGCCUCGAGGCCACAUCAUAAAGCCAGGCAGGGGUGCUCCUCACUGCAGAACUGCCAGGACGAGGCGCACCAGCAGCCGCCCAGGACCGGCCGCAGGGCAGGCUGGCCUUCGGCAGACACAGUGGCAAACACCCAGAAGAGGCCGACCUGCGGGGCGGGGGUGGGGCUGGGGAGUGGGAAGGGCGCGUCCGGACUGGUGAGAGCGGCUCGGCUCGGCUCGGCCUCCGGGGAUUCGCACAAAGCCGGGUUUGCCUGUGUGUUGGGAAGAAGGAGGCUGGAUGUUGGCGGCAGGGCAGGGAGGGAAAACCUGGGCGGGACCCCUGACCACACCACGGCGAAGGGGGCCCCAGGCGUUGUCACUGCCAGGAAGACAGCCAGGCCCUGCCCUCCUCCGGCACUCUGCCCAGCGCCCUUCGGGCACCCCUCAGCCCUGCGCCCCAAGGGCACCCCUCAGCCCUGCGCCCCACGGGCACCCCUCUGCCCUGCCCCCCACGGGCACCCCUCAGCCCUGCGCCCCAAGGGCACGCCUCAGCCCUGCGCCCCUCUGGCACUCUGCCCUGCCACUCUGCUUCCUCGCAGGCUCCUAGAGGGCACACCCUUCCUGGUAAGGGCGGGACUGACCCCGGAAACAGAGAGCAGAGACCGACGGGCCCGCCUUGCAUUCCCCGGCGGGGGAAAGAGGGGGGCUCAGUACAAAUGCUUGGGCCCACUGGGGAACAGGCUCCAGAGGCGGGUGCGCCGGGGCCAGGCUGCAGCCAGUCAGAGGCCACGGGGUGGGAGCUGCCUGCCGGAGGAGCGCGCGGGGAGCUGGGCCGCGCUGCGGGAGCCGCCCGGAACCAUGAAAGCCGCCUGUCUCUUCCUGCUGGCGUCCCUGCUGUGCUCCAGGCGGGCCCUGAGCCUGCAGUGCUACAACUGCGAUGCCAACAAGGAAGCCAGCCAGUGCAAGGUCUCCUCGUGCGGCGGGGUCUGCUUUAAGGGCGACGUGGUCCUGACGGUGAAAGGCAGCGGCGAGAAGGUUACCAUGGGAUUCAAGAGCUGUGCUCCCUCCUGCGAGGACGCCUCAAAGACCCUACAGUUGUUCCGGCCGGAGGGUCUGCCCGGGUUCCCCGGGGGUGUGGAGAGCGUUGUGAAUUCGGAGGUGAAGAACCUGGCCUGCUGCGAGAAGGACCUUUGCAACGGGGCAGCCAGGGCCGGGCGCAGCCUCGCGGCGCUGGCCGGGGGGCUCCUGCUCAGCUUGGGGCCCCUCCUCUUGGCGCUGCUGUGAGGACCCUCCUGCUACUCAGGCACCACGGGCUCCUCCAGAAGCUUGAAAGGGGCCUCGCCACGGUCAUGAAUUCCACCCGGGACGCACAGUCGUAGUGACCUCACACUAGCUCUCUCUUGCAUGCACGCACACUGGCACAUGCCCAUGCGUGCGCACACACACGGGGUGCCCACGGUGCCCACAGCCUCAGACCCUAGAGUGCUCAGCAAACACAGGCUGUGCUGGAGUUCAUUCCGCUCUGCCGCCCAGCGCGGGCAGGGGAGGGGCGGGCAGUCCAGGCCGCUGUGCUGACCCCAGCCGCUGCUGCCACCCACCUGCCCAGUGCCCUGCCACCUGCCAACAAGCGCGCCAAUCCCGCAGGGCCGUCAGUUAAUCACUGACCCAAGAUCCAGGGCCCACAAGACCUGGCUGGACAGGGGCCUCUCGGAGAGCCCCACCUCCGGCCCUUCCAGCCCAGCUCCUGGCAACAGCACCGCAGGCAGGGCAACAGAAAAUAAACGCUUUCCAGCAGCGGC